AUAUAGCUGUUUCUCAUGAAGGACGCGACAAAACAUUUGGUGAAAUUCAAUUCAAACUCAUCUUAAGUACUCAAAUAUCACAGAGUCUAUAUAUAUAUAUUACAAGACCACUGCAUACAUGGCAGUUAGAUGAAAUACACAAAUAGUGUUCCGCUAAUAAGGCCUAUGCUGAUGACUGUGUUCGAAAGUACAUGAAAAUAUUCAAAUCUUACUCACCAUAGUCAGAGGCUAUGGCAUAGACCUACUAUGUGGCAAAAAAGUUCUAGUGAGUUGAACCAAUCCGAGCACUUUAAGACUGCACGAAGCUUUCGAUCGAUUUUUUCACUUUGUAGAAUACGCAUUACAGUAUAUAUUCUGAAGUUGUUUUGACCUAGUGACAUUGUCUGACUAAGAAAUGUCUGACUAAAUGUCUGAGGAUCUUGAUGUCUAGUCAUCUUCGACGUAGAUAGAAUCUAGAUUUUCUAUCAUUCUGAAAUGAAUAAACAAAGUAUGCCAAUAACAAUUGACAAUAUUAUUUUUGAUAACAUUUAUUAAACUUCUGUGAAAGUACAUCUAAAUAAAAAUUUGCUUAGAUGGUUUCCAGAUUCGCAUUGGUAGUGACAAAAGUUGUGCAAUUCUUUCAAUGGUGCAUUUUAAUGCAGAUCAAGCACGUAUAGUCAGACAUUCAGAUUUAUUUUACGGGAUUCAUUAUAUUAAGAGUAAUGACAGAUAAUCAGACUUGACUGAAGUAUCUUUUACAGUUGUUAGUGAAGGUUAUAUAGCUGUUUCUGAUGGAGGAUGCGACAAAACAUUUGGUGAAAUUCAAUCACAUUAUUCUUGGAGACGAUUUGCUGCUGUUGAUUUGUUUUUAAAACGUUGUACUGCUUUUCAGAUUCGAAAAUCAGUUAAGCAACAUGUAGUUAGUAAACCAGUUGUUUCUGUAGGUGUAAUGACACGUUUACGGAUUGAUCUUAUCGAUAUGAGAACACGCCCAGAUUUGGGCAUUUGCGUUACUGAUAAUGGCAAAGAAUUUAUUGCUAACGUCAUUGUUGAAUUAAAACAUUUGUUCCCGGAAAUGUGUUUUAUACGAGGUCAUUUGCGUCAUCCACAUUCACAAGGCUGGGCGGAACGAGCUAAUAGUGUUUUAAUAGUUGCAUUGGGUAAAUGGAUGUCAACAAACAAUUCAGAUCGUUGUUCAGAAGGCCUUUCACCGGUUGUUUAUGGAAUCAGUACAAGAAUAUCAAGUGUAACAAAAACAACACCAUUUGAAGUCAUGUUUGGACAACCACCGCGUUCGGAUUCAGAUUUUUGUAAAGUUGUUAAAGAAAAUAAUGUUGAGGAUGAAGAUCAGUUACCAAUAGUUACUGCUGAAGGUGAUGACGGAGGAGCUGUUGAUAUACCAAGACCUCGAUAG